GUUACAUCUCUUAUCUAAACUGUUUCACUUUCAACGCCUCACGAGACAAAGAAAUAUCAUCUCAGAGCUUCUUCUAGGGCUUCGACGCGACAACGGCUGCCAACUACUUCAGUUUCAUAACUGAACAGGAAUCAUGAAGCCAGUCUUCUGUGGGAACUUUGAGUAUGAUGCGCGUGAGGGCGAUCUCGAAAGGCUAUUCAGGAAGUACGGAAGGGUCGAGAGGGUGGAUAUGAAAGCUGGGUUUGCUUUCGUGUACAUGGAAGAUGAGAGGGAUGCUGAGGAUGCUAUCCGAGCCCUUGACCGCAUUGAAUUUGGGCGCAAGGGACGCAGACUCCGUGUUGAGUGGACAAAGGGUGAGCGUGGAGGCGAUAGAAGAUCUGGUGGUGGUGGUGGUUCAAGGAGAUCCUCAUCCUUGAGGCCUUCCAAGACUCUGUUUGUGAUCAACUUUGAUGCGGACAAUACUCGGACCCGGGAUCUAGAGAGACACUUUGAACCGUAUGGCAAAAUUGUAAACGUUAGGAUCAGGAGGAACUUUGCAUUUGUCCAGUACGAGGAGCAAGAGGAUGCCACUCGAGCUCUUGAGGCUACAAACAACAGUAAGCUGAUGGAUAAGGUGAUCUCGGUGGAGUAUGCAAUGAAAGAUGAUGAUGCAAGAGGGAACGGACACAGUCCCGAAAGACGCCGUGAUAGGUUCUAG